CUUCGUCAGCCAAACAAUGGUAAGCACCCGUUCGCAAUGCAAGUGAUGUGUGACAUGGCUGUUUGACGGGGAACAUGAUCAUGAUUGAGAAUCAAGCUCUCUUCCAUGAAAUUUCCGAAUGUUGCUAGAUUUCCUUUUGAUGACUGAAUCAGACCGCAAAGUCUUUGUGGAGAUGGUAACUCACGAGGAUUGUGAUAAAGCACAAUGAAUAACACGGAAUGGAUGUCGUGAUAUUGUUCAUGAAAUGUUCAACAUGUGUUCGAGUGGUGGGAUUGAUCUCUUCCACUCAGCUCUUUGUGGUUGCUCGCGCUCCUGCUCUCUACUACCUUCACCCCGACGUCUCCUUCUUCAAGGGGAAUGGCUUCAAGCAGCUUGGGCCUUACCUUGACAUGCCGGACAACUCAGCGGCUGGAGAUGUGUGGAACCCCCCUGACACUGAGUCGACUUCUGGUAUCAGCUAUGACAACUGCGAAUCCCUUGAGGACUAAUAGCUGGGACAUUUUAACUUCAUUCUUUACUGUACAUGACAAAUGAAGAUAGCAAACAAGACAGAAUGCAUCAGGUUGGCGUUUCGGAUUGGUUGAAAAGCUUAAAGAUUUCAGCUCAGAAUCAUGUUGAGUUUUAAAUUUGAUCGUCGGCC